AUGAAUAAUAUUCAAGCUAGUAAGAAGAAAGUACUCACCAAUAGUGAACACGAACAGUUGACGAAUGGAUCGAUAUGUAUCAGUCCGAAGAAAUGUAUCAUAUAUUUUAAGCUUGGUCAUACAUAUAUGCAAACAAUAAAAUUAUUGAACAUGACUGAUUUGCCACAAACCAUUAAAAUAAAACCUUUGAAUUAUAAAAUAUUCAAAUUCCCCAAUCUAACUACCGUGUCAAUUCUUCCCAAAAGAUCUUGGAAUUUGCAGUUUACUUUCAUAACUUAUUUAAAUAAAGAGUUCAAAAGCUUUUUACAUUUAAAAAAUCCUACUGGUCAAGGAGACUUUGCUAUAGAAUUACGGGCAAUUCCAAAAAUGAGUUCCUGUUUUCCAAAGACCAUUGAUUUUGGAAACGUAAAUAUAGGAAUGAGCGUUACGAGGAAGUUGAGUCUGGCUCCUAAAUCAAAACCUUAUCAGUUUCGCAUAUUUAUCCCACACGGUUUAAAGAGCUUAUGUGUAAAUCCGACUUGUGGUGAAGUAUUUUGUGAUUAUCCAACAAACGUCACAAUCGUUUACACGCCUCAAUCGUAUAUUACUUUGUGUAUUGAUUUAGUACUGUACCUCACGGAAUUUAAUCAAAAACCACAAGUUAUUACUUUGACUGCAGUUACAAAACCUAAGACUUUCUGUAUUACAAAUAUAAAAAUGGAUGAAACAAUUAAAAAAGAAAAACAUUUACAUUUGUUUCAUAAAACACAUUCAGACAAGGCAGAAAAGGAUAUUAAGGUUUUUAACCGUCUGACACUGAAUAAAAUGUUGAAUGAUAAACCAUCUAUAUUGGAAGACGACUCGUAUAAAUGGCUUAAUCCUUUUGGCGAGUUAGACAAAGUAUAUCGAGAUACGUACGUAAAAUACUACAGCGAUUUUAUGGUAAGUGCAAAACGUUUCGACGAUGAACAUAAGAAAGAUUGCUUUGAAAUAUCUCGAAAUGAACUAAACAGCAACUACGAACAGCAAAAAUCUGUUUACGACAAGCGAAUAACUGAAUGGGAAACUUACAAGGACAAAUUGUAUUCAUAUAAAGUCAUAUCACUUGGUAACCAAUUUAAACCAUUGGGAUUUCGUGAAAGAAGCAUUCGAACAAAUUAUAUUGAUACAAAUGAAUUCGAUUUUGAUCCAAAUCUCGAUGAUAACUGGUGUAUACGAUAUCAAAUAUACAACAGAUUCAUUAAUGGUGUCAAAAUAAUUAUAGUUAAAAAUCGUUUAGAAAAGAGACUAAAUCUUUUCAAAGUAUUAAUAGCUAAUGACAUAAUAAAUAUGUUGUGA